AUGCCGCCAAAUUCCGAAAAUAGCAAUACGGAUCAGGGAUUGUAUGGGUUUGGUUAUGACGACAAGAUUGAUGAUUUCAAAUUGGUAAGAGUUUCCGAAGUUCAUACACCUAUUGAUAGUUCUGAUGGUUAUGAGGAUGAGUUUGUAAUUCAGAUAUUUAGAUCUAUACCAAAUUCUGAUGAAGUCGAAGUCUCUUGGGUCAGAUCAGAAUCCAGAGUGGAGAUCUACACAUUAGGAUCAAAUUCAUGGAGAACCUAUGAGUGUCAGGAUAUGCCUUACUACUUCUAUAGUGGAACAAAACCUGAGGUGGUUGUUAAUGGAGCUCUCCAUUGGUCGGCCGACAAGAAGAGUGAGUAUUAUGUAGCUAUUGUAUCUUUUGAUAUGGCGAAUGAGACAUUCAAGGAGGUUGCAAGAUUGGAAGGGCCCAUGCUACAUCUAGUAGAAUGCGAUCAUCAUAGUAUUGAUAGUAAUAGUGUGGCUGCGUUAGGAGGGUGCAUUUGCAUACUUCAUAAAACUUAUGGUGUUAAAGUCGAUGUAUGGGUGAUGCAGGAAUAUGGAGUAAAAGAAUCGUGGACAAAAAGGUUUACAAUUACACUGAAGUCCAUUACUGAAACCAGUGAUUUGGAGGUGAUUUGUGAGUUUCAGAACAAUGAGAUUCUUUUCUAUACUGAUGAUGGUUUAGUUUAUUAUGAUCCAAAUCAUAAUCUCCCCCUGUUUAAUGCCAACAAGCCCGACUGA